UCCAUCGACAACUUCUAGUAUUUUGUUAGAAUUUUCCUUUGUAUCUGUUAUUAUAGGAAAAAUAAUUGACGUGUUUAUUUCAUGCCACACGGUUCAUAACACGCAAAUUUUAAUUUAUUUAUAGAUAUUAGCGAACUCUUAAUUAAGUGUGCGGGUAUAAUUUUUAAAAAUGAUACAUUUACGUUGUAUAGGAAUAUUAUUACUGGUGGUUGGGUCGUAUGCUCUUUAUGACUCUUCAUCAGAUGUGGUUCAAUUAACACCAAGUAACUUCGAGAAGCUUGUAACAAAUUCAAAUGAAGUGUGGAUCAUAGAAUUCUUUGCACCAUGGUGUGGGCACUGUAAGAAUCUUGUUCCUGAAUAUAAAAAAGCAGCUCGAGCCCUUAAAGGAAUCGUCAAAGUAGGUGCUGUGGAUGCGGAUCAGCACAGAGAUCUUGGUCAGAAAUAUGGAGUCAGUGGAUUCCCAACUAUUAAAAUAUUCACGGGCAGUAAACAUACUCCAUAUCAGGGACAGAGAACGGCAGAAGCCUUUGUGGAUGCAGCAUUGAAAGCAGCUAAAGAUAAAGCUUAUGAAAACCUUGGAAAGAAAGCAAGCGGAUCCAGUUCUGACAAGUCGGAUGUUAUCACUCUAACCGACAGCAAUUUCAAGGAGAUGGUUCUGGACAGUGAAGACAUGUGGCUUGUUGAGUUCUAUGCUCCGUGGUGUGGACAUUGCAAGAAUCUGGAACCCCACUGGGCAAAGGCCGCAACCGAGCUUAAAGGAAAGGUAAAACUCGGAGCCGUUGAUGCCACAGUUGACCAAAUGAUGGCUUCCCGCUACCAAGUGCAAGGAUACCCGACCAUCAAGUUCUUCGCUGGUGGUAAGAAGACCAGUGACAGUGUAGAAGACUAUAAUGGAGGCAGAACUUCCAGUGAUAUCGUCAGCUGGGCCCUUGAUAAGCUUGCUGAAAAUGUACCAGCACCUGAAGUAUUGGAGGUAACAGAUGAAGAAGUGAUGAAAGGUUGUAGUGAUAAGCCACUCUGUGUGGUAUCAAUUUUGCCUCACAUACUUGAUUGUAAUGCAGCUUGCAGAAAUGACUACAUCGCGAUAUUGAAGCGCCUUGGAGAUAAAUACAAGAGCAAGAUGUGGGGCUGGGUCUGGUCAGAAGCUGGUGCACAGCCAUCGCUUGAAGAAUCUCUGGAAAUGGGAGGCUUCGGUUACCCAGCCAUGGCCGUCGUCAAUGCUAAGAAACUCAAGUUCUCUACUCUACGUGGAUCAUUCUCUGAGACCGGAAUCAAUGAAUUCUUAAGAGAUCUAUCUUUCGGUCGUGGCCAGACAGCGCCAGUAAGAGGCGCUGAAAUGCCUAAAAUCUCCAAGACAGAGCCUUGGGACGGCAAAGAUGGCGAAUUACCGCCAGAAGAGGACAUUGACCUCUCGGACAUUGAUCUCGAGAAGGAUGAGCUAUAAUGUGCCAGGGGUUAUUAACCUUUUAGCAGUAUUUUGUUUUUUUUAUUAACAUCUGCCAUAGAGUAAAAUUAAGUUUUUCUCAGUGCAUAUUUUGUUAUCUGCCACCAUAGUGAUGUUCUUCAUCAAUUGUAGUAACAAUUUUUUUUUUUACUGAAAACCAUGAAGUAAUUAUUAUAUUGAUUUUAAUUGUAGCGAUAUUUUAAAUAAUAAUUAUGGUAUAGUUAUUACAUUACGAUAUAUAUGCUUGUAAAGUCGUUUUAUUUAAGUAAAUUAAAAAAAAUUGCCAUAAGUAUACAUAUGGUAAAAUCUUUCGUAAAUGUUGUGUCAUUGUACUCUAGUAGUCUAUAAAAAGGUCCUAUUAUGUCUCUGAGUAGUAAAGUUAAAAAAUAAAAUACUGCUAAUAAGUGUUUACAUUACUCCACAGAACUGAUUAGACUAAGUUCUAUGACAUGAAAUUGUCUAUUAAAAAUCUGUUUAGAUUUUUUACAUACUUACUAAAUUUGUACUAAAAAAUAAUUUUUAAAAUUAACUCUCAUAAUAAUUGAAAUACUUAAAUAAUAAGUGAUUGCUGUUUUUACAAAUAUUUUUAAACACUCCCAAAAUUAUUUUCGAUAAUUUUGUGUACAAAUUAACAUAUCUUAAGGGGAUAAAUGUUGUUAGAAUUUACUCUUCCCUUUUGCCGAAUCUAAUCAAAAUGUAACACCAUAAAUACUAGUUUUAAAAUAAUCAUAAUCUUAAUGUUACAUUUUAUAAUAAAGCUUCCAUUCUGACUAAGAAGAUGCAUUUACAGUGAAAUUUAUUUAUGUAAUAAAUUAUGAUUUAAC